AUGACUCUCAGAGAAAUUGGAGCCUGUGAAAAAGGCUCCUCACACAGUAUCAGCCCAGAUCCUAUAAAAGCUCUCUUCACUGCUCCUGGCUGGGGCUGGCUAAGACUCAGGCUGUUUGCCUGGCUGGUAGAGGGCAUCCCUUUUGAAUGGGACCAGAGCAGCCAGGUGAUCUGGGACUCAGCAUCGUCCUCAGCUCAAGGCAGGCUCAGGGCUCCAGGUCUGGGAUCGGGAGACGAGGUCCUGAUGCUGCUGCGGCUGGUCUUGCUUCUUUGCUCACGGCUCCUGAUGCCAGCGGUCUCUGGGUCGGGGAGCCAAUGCUCCUUGCACAGGAACUACUCACGGGGCUACUACACAGACGGGGACCUGAACUUUUUUCCUGCUCCCUUGUCUCUCUACCUGCUGCUCUUCUCGCUGUCUUCCACGGGCCCUACCCUCCAAGCCCUCGAACCCCACUCCAACAACACCUGGAACAGAGCUGUGAGAAUUCUCUCCCCCUUUCCUUAUAGCCAUGUUGCCAAACAUAACCAGCACGUCCUGGCCCUGGUGUUUGCCAUGGAGCAGAUCAACAAAGACCCCAGCCUCCUGCCCAACGUCUCCCUGGGAUUCCACAUCUCCGAUAAUUUAUUCCGGGAGAGGCUGGCCGUGGAGCAGGCUCUGAUCCUGCUCUCGGGCGCGGGCCGGACAGUUCCCAAUUACAGCUGCGAGGGGCGGCGCAAACUGGUGGCCGUCAUCGGAGGAAUCAGGUCGACCUUGUCUGUUGCCAUGGCCAACGUCAUCGGAUUCCACAAGCUUCCGCAGAUCACCUAUGGCCCCUUUGAUGGCUCCCUGAGGGAUCCGGUGCAGUUCCCCUCCCUCUACCAGGUGGCCCCCAGGGAUACCACUCAGCAGCGGGGAAUAGUCCAGUUGUUGGUGUAUUUUGGCUGGACCUGGGUCAGCCUGAUAGUCUCCAAUAACAUUCAAGGUGAAAUAUUCAGCCGGGACCUGACACAAGAGAUGAGCAGACAUGGAGUCUGUGUGGCCUUAACAGAAAGGAUUCCUGAAACUGACUACUAUGGCACAAGACACGUAGAAAAGUUAAAUCAAAAGAUGAAUGAUUUGUCGACCAAUGUGGCUGUUGUCUAUGGUGACAUCGACUCCCUCAUCAUGUUUAAAUGGGUUGCCAGUUGGUUUGGUGUUACCGGGAAGGUUUGGGUCAACACGGCUCAUUUUGAUGACACCGUCAGUAAUGAUUACCACCCAUAUAAAAAUUCCUUCUUAGGCUCUUUGUCACUUUCUGUCCACACGGAUGGUGUGCCUGGAUACCAAGAUUUCCUUCGAGUAGCUAACCCUUCAAAGUACCCCAAUGAUGUUUUUCUCAAGGAUUUCUGGCAAGCCCGACUAGGCUGUGUCUUUAAAGCUUCCAAACAUACUGAACACGCCCGGGCGUCUACCUGCUAUGGAAAUGAGAGUUUUGACAGACUAGGGUUCCUUAGCAUUGACAUGGAGCUUACAGGUCUGCGACACAAUUUGUACAGCGCUGUAUAUUGGGUGGCACACGUGCUUGAUGAGAUGCUUUCAUCCAGGUCAGAAAUGGAAACGUCCGGGCCGGAGGAAACAAUGGUGCCCCCUCCGUGGCAGCUCCACUCCCUCCUGAGACAGAGACCGUUCAAGGCAAGCAUUGGGAACCACCAAGAUAUUUAUGGUAGCACUGAAUCAAUCCCGAGUUAUGAUAUACUGAAUUUACAGAAAUACCGUUUUCCCACGUGCCUGCGAGUGAAGGUUGGAGAGUUUAAACCUCAGGCAUCUAUGGGGAAUGAUUUGAUCAUUAAUGAGGAGGCCAUUGUAUGGAACUCAGGAUUCUCCCAGACCCCUCAGUCCACAUGCAGUGAAAGCUGUCUCCCUGGAUUCAAGAAAACAGCUCGGGAGAGGAAGGCUGUCUGCUGUUAUGAUUGCACUCCGUGCCCCAAGGGUGAGAUCUCCAACCAGACAGACACGGCUCAGUGUUGGAAGUGCCCUGACGAUGAGUAUCCCAAUGAGCAGAGAGAUGACUGCCUCCCCAGAGUCACGAUUUUCCUCUCUUUCGACGAGCCGCUGGGGAUUGUCCUGGUUUCUACAGCUCUUUCUUUCUCCCUGAUUACAGUCCUGACCUUGGGGAUCUUUAUCAAGUACCGGGACACGUCCAUCGUCAGAGCCAACAACCGCGGCCUUAGCUACAUCCUCCUUGUCUCCCUCUUGCUCUGCUUCCUCUGCUCGCUCAUCUUCAUCGGCCGUCCCAGUACAGCAUCCUGCCUCCUCCGACAAACUGCCUUCGGCAUCAUAUUUUCCGUGGCCGUGGCUUCGGUGCUGGCCAAAACCAUCACAGUGGUCCUGGCCUUCCGGGCCACCAAGCCGGGGAGCAGGUUCCGGGGAUGGAUGGGUCCCCGAAUAUCUAACCUUGUCGUCCUCGUCUGCUCCUUGAUCCAAGUGACCAUCUGCGGGGUCUGGUUGGGGACCUCUCCCCCUUUCCCUGACUCCAACACGCAGGCUGAGUUUGGCCACAUCGUUCUUGAGUGCAACGAGGGCUCCAUCACCGCCUUCUACUGCGUCCUGGGCUACAUGGGCUUCCUGGCCCUGGUGAGUUUCACGGUGGCCUUUCUGGCCCGGAAUCUGCCGGACACGUUCAACGAGGCCAAAUUCAUCACGUUCAGCAUGCUGGUGUUCUGCAGCGUCUGGAUCUCCUUCCUGCCCACCUACCUGAGCACCAAGGGCAAGGCCAUGGUGGCCGUGGAGAUCUUCUCCAUCUUGGCCUCCAGCGCUGGGCUCCUGGGCUGUAUCUUUGGGCCCAAGGUCUAUGUGAUCCUGCUGAGGCCGGACAGGAACACCCGGGACCAGUUAUUGAGGAAACGUAAUAUCGGCAUUCAAUCCCCUUGAUCUUUCUCCCAUAGACUAGUGCAAAGUCAACUUAUGUUCCCCUUCUUCCCCUAUCGAAAUUUCAGUUUUGGAGGGCCCCUAUCUUGUUCUAACUCUGCUAAGAUAC